UUUCUUUGAGCACUUGAGGCUUAAGUAGUAGUAACAUAUUUCUGUUUGAAAGAGCAGUACUAAAGAAAGAUUUUUAUCUGUACUGGAUUGAUUCAACUUGUUUUGAGUCAUUACUUCGAAGAUUAUAGUGUGCUUUUUAGAUGAAUAGUAAUAUACAUAGUUUCAGUGGAAAAAAAUAGUACAAGCCUCACCUAGUUUCAUGACGCUCCGCCGCCUCUGCAUAGUUUCUCAGAUACUCUUGCUAGUCAUCUCGUACAACUUUAUAAAAACGUGUUAAGGGAGCAAUACGAAAAUGAUCAGCUAUCGUAACCCGAAACCGAUAAGUCGAGAAUCGAUUUUCCUGUGGAUUUAUCGGAAAAUGCAACAACCUAUGUGAUGCAGUCCACGAUCCAAGUGGCUAGCACUGCCACUCGUGAGGUUGGAGUCGAUUGUAGUUUACUUAAACGUAAUCUGAUUUCUUUUCCUAUCAUCGUUCUACCUUCUUUCCGAUAAUGUUGUUCUAUUUGCCGCUUAGGUUUUGUGGAGAAAAGCUCGAUUCAUAUUCCCAAUAUCGUUAGGCUUAAAACUAUUCUUUCUCACAACAUCUAUUUGAAAGAAGAUAGUCGAUGCUAUCCUAGCUAUCCGAAAGGUGAUAUUUUAAAAGUGUCGGCUAUAGACAAAAUUAAACAUGAUCAAUCGGAAACGAGUCUCAAUAAUAACGAAGAAAUUUUAGACUCGCUAGAAACGGAUGAUACACUCAUAGUUGAUCGCGGUUUUAGAGAUGCUCUUCCAUUAAUAAAGACUUUCGGAUAUCAAGUGUACAUGCUGAGUAAAGGACAAAAAAAGUUUACCAUAGCUCAGGUUAAUAUGAAUCAGUUUAUCACAAUGGUUCGAUAUGUGACUGAAUGUGUUAAUGGGCGAAUUAUCGAAAAAGUUAUAAUUGGUGACUUUUUUCUAGUAAAUAGUUAUGUAUUUUGACAAAAAAAUCUUAUAAAAUGCAUCGAUAUCUCAUUUUGUAGAAGUAGGUCUAUUUUACAGUUCUAGUUAAAAAAUAGUUAAAAGAUUCCAUUGUUACACCAGUUGGAAAUACAAAUUUUACUAUUAAUAUCUCUCUCCAUAACUGCUGUUAAUGCCCAAAAGAAAAUUCGACUUUCUGAGGGACGCUUAAGAUAGAUGACGAAUCAAAACGUAAUAAAAGAAAUUUUCUACGUUCAAAGAAUAAGAAAUCAAUCAGAAAUACUAAUAGUUAACAUUUGAGAGAACAGGGAAGUUUAAUUCAAUAGGAUUUAGUCAACGUUGUACUAUUUUAGUCGUGAUAAAUGGAACUGAGUUAUCAAAGUUAAAUAUUCCUCCUAUGUAACUAAUCAAGGUGGAAUUGAAAGUAUAAACAGUACAUAUUUUCUCGAAGAGGAGAGCAUCUGUCCAAAUAAAACCCUAAAAUAUCAAAUUUUCGUUAACAUUGGAAAACCCAGAUGCAGUUUGAACACAAAAUGUAAAAUCAUAAGCGUUCGCAAAUAUUCUUGGAAUCCUCAAUGAGUGUUUUUCUAAUGCUAUUUCUUCAAUGUCCUUUUUAGCUCAUCCGAUAUUUCUAGUAACAAUCACUCUGUAACGAUGAAACCAAUGACAAAUCAAAUAAGGGAAGUAGCCGAUCAGCAUACAAUGUCGUCACCUCAAUGGUACUGGCAAUCAACUUCAAACCCAUUGUCAAUAAAUGAAAUCGAAGAUUGGACAAAAUAUUCCGAUAUUGAAUCAGAAAUUAUUGAAGAAGCAUUUAACGAAAAUAAUAAAACAAAACCGGUUGAAUUGGAUAACUAUUGGAUUGACUUAACUCAAUCUCUUCAAAUCAGUAGAUCGGAUAAAAAUCAACAAAGACAGAUAAAACGGAUUUUAAAUAAUAGAAAUGAAAAUAAGUGUUUAAGAGAAGAAAGAUUCUUACUUCCACUCUCAUUGGGCAAACCGUUCAAUGAGUGGUCCCAUGGGGGUUAUUGGUUUAUUAAGGAAUGGCACGACAAACAGCCCAGGAAUGUUUCCAAUAGUAAUAAAGUAGAACAAGCAGCAAAUGGAAUAAUUAUCGAAGGAAAUCAACUAGGUAAACAUUCUGAAGCGCAAUGGAUUGCACGACAACUAAGAACCGUGAAAAAUAAGAAUGACCUAGAACUUUAUAAGAGCUGCAUUAAACUCUAUACAUACGACAGCUUUCUAUACCCAUUAGUUAACAAAACAUUGAGAGAAAAUGAUAAGACCAAACUAGAUACCCUCGGUCCAUUUUGCCACUAUUUAUACUAUUCGUGGUAUAAUCUUGAUGCAAAUAUUACGACAGAAGUAUAUCGCGGUGCAAAUCUUGAUCUAGAUAUGAUUGAACAUUAUAAACGAGCAGUAAGCGCACAAAAGUGUUGGUUUGGGUUCACUUCAACAACCAAAAACCACGAUGUAGCUAGAAUAUAUGGAAACACGUUAUUUAUUAUUCGCAUGUCAAUUUUGAGUGGCUUAGACAUCUCCUCCUAUUCACACUAUCCUCAAGAGGAAGAAGUACUACUUCCAGCAGGCACAAAGUUUACAAUUCACAAGGUUGAAUAUGAUUUCAAAACUUGUAAAUAUAGAAUUUUUCUAGAACUUCUUGCGAAAAACAAUACGCUGCAACAAACAUUGUACAGCAUUAAUUCAACAUCAACACUUCACUUGGAACAACGACGCCUUGACGACAUCGAUGCAGUAAUCUUGUCUCAAGCAUUGAAAGUAAAUCGAACUCUUACUAUUCUUGAUCUUCAAUUCAACGAAAUAUCAGACAACGGAUGUGUAGCAAUCGUCGAUGCAUUGAUGCUAAAUACAGCUCUAACUAUUCUUAAUUUUAAAUCCAACGAAAUAUCAGACAAAGGAUCUGUAGCCAUCGCCGAUGCAUUGAAAGUAAAUCAAACUCUUACUACUCUUAUUCUUGCAUCCAACCGAAUAUCUGACAAAGGAGGUGAAGCAAUCGCUGGUGCAUUGAAAGUCAAUCAAACUCUUAGAACCCUUGAUCUUUCCGGCAAUAAACUAUCUGCCACAGGAGCUGAAGCAAUCGCCGAUGCACUGAAAAUCAAUCGAACUCUAACUACUCUUAAUCUUGGAUUCAGCCAAAUAUCUGACAAAGGACUUGAAGAAAUCGCUGAUGCAUUGAAAGUGAAUCAAUCUCUUAGAACUCUUGAUCUUUCUGGCAACCAAAUAUCUAACCCAAGAGCUGAAGCAAUCGCCGAUGCAUUGAAAAUCAAUCGAACUCUUACCAGUAUAAAUCUGAAGUGGACCAUCAUGUCCGACAGAGGAGCUGAAGCAAUCGCCGGUGCAUUGAAAAUCAAUCCAACUCUAACUACUCUUAAUCUUGAAUUCUACCAAAUAUCUGGCAAAGGAGCUGAAGGCAUCACUGAUGCAUUGAAAGUCAAUCAAACUCUUACUACUAUUGCCCUUACUAGGAACAAAAUGUCUAAGAGACGGCAUAAAGCAAUCGCCGAUGCAUUAAAAGUCAAUCAGACUCUAACCACUCUAAAUCUGAAGUCGAACAAAAUAUCUGACACAGGAGCUGAAGAAAUCGCUGAUGCGUUGAAAGUCAACCAAACUCUUGCCAGUAUAAAUCUUCGCGGUAACGAAAUAUCUUGCCGAGGAGGUAAAGCAGUAGCUGAUGCAUUGAAAGUCAAUGAGACUCUUAGAACCCUUGAUCUUUCCAGCAAUAAAAUAUCUGCCGCAGGAGUUGAAGCAAUCGCCGAUGCAUUGAAAGUCAAUGAGACUCUUAGAACCCUUGAUCUUUCCAGCAAUAAAAUAUCUGCCGCAGGAGUUGAAGCAAUCGCCGAUGCAUUGAAAAUCAAUCGAACUCUAACUACUCUUAAUCUUGGAUUCAGCCAAAUAUCUGACAAAGAACUUGAAGAAAUCGCUGAUGCAUUGAAAGUGAAUCAAUCUCUUAGAACCUUUGAUAUUUCCCGUAACAAAAUAUCUGCCACAGGAGCUGAAGCAAUCGCCGAUGCACUGAAAGUCAAUAAAAGUCUUAGAACCUUUGAUAUUUCCGGUAACAAAAUAUCUGCCACAGGAGCUGAAGCAAUCGCCGAUGCAUUGAAAGUCAACAAAAGUUUUACAGCUCUUAAUCUUGCAUUCAACCGAAUAUCUGGCAAAGGAUGUAAAGCAAUCGCCCGUGCAUUGAAAGUAAAUAAAACUCUAACUAUUCUUAAUCUGGAAUACAACGAAAUAUCUGACAAAGGAUUUAAAGAAAUCGCCGAUGGAUUGAAAGUAAAUCAAACUCUUAGAACCCUUGAUCUUGGUGGCAACCAAAUAUCUAACCCAGAAGCUGAAGCAAUCGCCGAUGCAUUAAAAAUCAAUGGAACUCUUACCAGUAUAAAUCUAAAGUGUAACAACAUAUCUGACAGAGGAGCUGAAGCAAUCGCCGAUGCAUUGAAAGUCAAUAGAAGUCUUAUCGAUCUUGAUCUUUCGAUCAACAAACUAUUUGAUUAUGAAAUGGAAGUCAUCGCCCAUGCACUGGAAGUGAAUCAAACUCUUACUACUCUGACUCUUACAUCCAACCAAAUAUCGGACAAAGGAGGCGAAGCAAUCGGCGAUGCAUUAAAACUAAAUACAGCCCUAACUAUUCUUAAUCUUGGAUCCAACCAAAUAUCUACCAAAGGAGCUGAAGUAAUCGCCGAUGGACUGAAAGUCAAUCGAACUCUAACUACUCUGGAUCUUCGGUCGAACAACAUAUCUGACAGAGGAGCUGAAGCAAUCGCCGAUGCACUGAAACAAAAUAAAGGCCUUACUGUUCUUACUCUUGCGUCCAACCAAAUAUCUGACAAAGGAGGUGAAGCAAUCGCUGAUGCAUUGAAACAAAAUAACGGUCUUACUGCUCUUACUCUUACGUCCAACCAAAUAUCUGACAAAGGAGCUGAAACAAUCGCCGAUGCAUUGAAACAAAAUAAAGCUCUUACCUCUCUUAUUCUUGCGUCCAACCAAAUAUCUGACAAAGGAGGUGAAGCAAUAGCCUAUGCACUGAAACUAAAUAAAACUCUUGCUGAUCUUGAUCUUACGUUAAACGAAAUAUCCGACAAAGCAGCUGAAGCAAUCGCCGAUGCACUGAAAGUCAAUCAGACACUAACUAGUCUUCAUCUGUGUUACAAUCAAAUAGCUGCGACGGGCGCUGAAGCAAUCGCCGAUGCAUUGAAAGUCAAUGAGACUCUUAGUACUCUUAAUCUUUGGCAUAACCAAAUACCUGAUAGAGUAGCUGAAACAAUCGCUGAAGCACUGGUAGUCAACCAAACUCUAACUAUUCUUAAUCUGGGAUGCAACCAAAUAUCUGCGACCGGAGCUGAAGCGAUCGCCGAUGCAUUAAAACUGAAUCAAACUCUUUAUCUUGACAGUCAAUGGAAUCAACCAUUUGUAAGUUGGUCCAACUUGUGA